UCCUCGGAGCGACAGAUAGCGCUACGCGUCUGUUGGUGAGGGCUGGCGACUGUUUGAUUAAACCGUAGCCGGUUAUUUAUACCAUAGUCCGACCUGUUAGUCAGGGCUUGCGAGUGUUUAACUCACACAAGAGCUGACAUUUAAGGAAAACUUUUAAGUGUGUUUAGCCGUAUAGCUAGCUGACUAGCUUGUGUCUUCCACCGUGGACAGCGCAAAAUGCCGUCUGAAAGCGGCUCGUUCCUGAAGGGGGUGAUCUUGGGGGGCGUCUUUUGUCUGAUCUUGGCUCUUCUUGGGACCUUCAGCCCAGAGAUUCAGUUUAGGUCCGAUGACCACCACCACCUCCACCACCACCUCAAACCUCUUAGCAGAGAGGAGCUGCAAAAGCUGACCGUGGCACAAAUGUCAAAAGUCACCCAGCAGGUGCGUGUGUAUUGCCUCAUCAUGGUUACUCCCAAGAUCCUGGUUCACUGGGCAACAGCUAACGAGACCUGGAGCAAACACUGUGACAGGUCAGCCUUCUACAGCUCUGAAUCGGCCAAAGCUUUGGAGGCCAUAGAUCUGCAGGAAAAGAAUGAGUGGACCAGACUGCGCAAAGCCAUCACACAUGCGUAUGAUAGCGCCGGUGGCAUUCGCUGGUUCUUUGUGGCACGACCCACCACUUUUGCAAUUAUUGAGAAUCUCAAAUAUCUGGUACUGGUAAAAGACUCCAGUCAGCCCUUUUACAUUGGCCAUGUGCAGAAAUCCGGUGACUUAGAAUACGUGGAGUAUGAGAGUGGGAUUGUCCUCAGCUACGAGGCAGUGAGGAGACUCGUGGAGGUGUUCAAGGACGAGAGUAAAUGCCCGGAGCGGGGCCACGCGAUUUGGACGCUGAGUGAGGAGAAGCAGCUGGCCACGUGCCUGAGGUACGCCGGCGUGUUUGCUGAAAACGGAGAGGACGAGAAGGGCAAAGAGCUCUUCAAUAAAAAGAGCGUGAACACCCUAAUUUCUGAUAGCAUGAGCCAGAACCCCAGUGAUGUGGUGGAGGCAUGCUGCUCUGAUAUGGCCAUCACGUUCACCGGCAUGUCACAGAGCCAAAUGCAAGUGAUGAUGUAUGGAGUUUACAGGCUGCGGCCAUACGGACACAACUUCCACGAUUCCUUGACAUUUUUACCUCCAAAGGACUCAGACAAUGACUAAUUAGGCCUGUGAGUGAGGUUAUUAAUGCAUCGCAUGGUGCACUAAUAAUACUUUGUACUUUGCUCUGGGUGAGCAUUCAAAUUUGUAAUGGGGCAGUGUGGAACAUGCUGUGAUGUACAGCCUGUAAAAACAAAACGGGCUUCGUUUAGAAAUAAGUGCAUUUAGCCUUAACUUGACUGGGUUUCAUUCUCUGUUUAUCAUGGUAAAAAAAAAAAUCCCAAACUGGAUACAAAAAUAUUUAAUAUUUAAUAGCAAAGGAUUAAUCUGAUCCCAGUAUCAAAAACUUAACUAUAAGUAGCAUACAUGCCAAUUAAUAGUAAUUGUUAUAAAUUGACAUGGCAGUUGAUUCGUGCCACUCAACAUUACUGUACUUGAUCACACGUGUCCACAACCAUGAAGUCUGAUAUCACUGUUUCCUGAGUACAUAAUUGGAACUUAAAUUAUUUUUAUUAUUUUUAUUUGUUUUUUGGUGCGGGGCUGUGUGUGGUGCCAACAUUACACAUUAACACACUGAAAUUCCAUAAACCUUUUCGUGUGGAUCGUUUGAAAGCAGGGUUUCCUCUGAAUGUAAUUAAAGAUGUUGGAUCAUUGGGUCAUUAGUGCGAUUUUACAAACUGGAUGCAAUUGAGCAUUGGUUUAUAAUGUAGUUUCAAUAAAAAAUGGAUUUUGUUAUUAAUGAAUUAUGUCUAAACAUAAAAAUGGUUGUUUGCUAACCACAAACAACUAGGUUAUGGUUCUAGUGUUUACUAAAUUAAAGUGAGAGAUUGUUUCAUGAUAAGCUCCUAGCCAGAGAAGUGUUGUAAAAUUAUCUAUGGCAAUAUUUUGCUUAUUUUACAUUAUAUGUUACAUACCUUCCUAAUGGACAAAAAGUGCCCAAAUAUUUUAUAAGUGAGAGCUUGGGAUUUGUGGUUCAACCCUUUUCUUGAUUUUUGGUUUACCUCUUACAAAGACAUAUUACAAAGCAUAUUUGUACUUUAAUUGUUGACGUAAACAAUAACGGCCCACUGACUGAGUACUGAAAUCAGAAUCAGAAGUGUAAACCUGUGAGCUGCAUAUGGAAUAGAAUGGUCUGGGCAUGGCUCACAAGCUGGCCUUACAUCAUAGGUAGACUGCUUUCAAAAUCAAUUUUGGGUGGAACAGCGUGUUAUGCAAUGCUACAUCCUAUGACUUUACAGAAAAGUAAAAAAAAAAAAAAAAA